UUGCAGCACUGUGCCUUUUCGUGUAUUUAGACGGCUCCAAAAUGGCUGGCAUGUUGACGCAAGGACGACGCGUCGUGCCACAGAUAUUUCGGAAUUUUUCUGGUUAUAGUGUCAUUUGCCGUGGAAUUCAGAAUACAAGACAAGUACACAAUGUUUUAGGUGCGGGCCAGAAAACUGACUUUCCUUUAGCUGAGUAUCAGAAAACAAAGGCAUGGUCGAGAAAUUUUCAUGUGGCUUCAGUACUCUAUCAAGAAAUAAAGGAGGUGAAAUGUCCAGGAUUUUCAGAGUCCAUUUCAGAGGGAGAUGUCAGGUGGGAGAAAGCUGUGGGUGACUUUGUACAAGAAGAUGAACCACUAGGAGAAGUAGAAACAGACAAGACUGGUGUCCCUGUCCUCAGUCCAUACACCGGGGUGAUUGUGGAACUUCUGGUAGAGGAUGGAGCCACUGUUAAAGCUCACCAGCCACUGAUGAAAAUUGAUGUGUCAGCCAAAGGUGAUGCACCUGCUAAAAAAGCACCUGCCAGUGAGAAGCCUCCUCCUGCCGCAGAACCUCCAAAAGAGCCAGCCAAACCAGCAGAAGCAGCCCAGAGCAGCUCCAGUGGGCCCAUUCCAACCACCCCUCCCCCUCCCCCGCCUGUACCCAAGGAACCCAUGUCCUCCUAUCCUACCUCCAGUGUUAAGGUCACACCCUUUGAAGGAUCCACUAGUCAGGGUGGUGCACGGACAGAAACCAGGACAAAGAUAACAAGAAUACGACAGAAGACAGCACAAAGGUUAAAGGAAUCUCAGAACACAUGCGCUGCCUUAACCACCUUCCAGGAAUGUGAUAUGAGCAAUCUCAUGGAGUGGAGAAAAACAUACAAAGAUCAGUUUGAAAAGAAACAUGGAGUGAAGUUAGGAAUGAUGUCUCCAUUCAUCAAAGCUGCAGCGUUUGCCUUGAAAAAUCAGCCAGCAGUGAAUGCUGUGAUUGAUGGAAAUGAGAUCGUUUACAGAGACUAUGUAGACAUCUCAGUGGCCGUGGCCGCUCCUAAGGGCCUAGUUGUACCAGUGAUCAGGAAUGUGGAGACACUGAGUUACGCUGAGGUAGAGAAGGCCAUUCUAGAAUACGGAGAAAAGGCAAAGAAGAACAUGUUGGCUAUAGAGGAUAUGGAAGGUGGGACGUUUUCCAUUAGCAAUGGCGGCGUCUUUGGAUCCCUGUUUGGAACCCCCAUAAUUAACCAACCCCAGAGUGCUAUAUUAGGAAUACAUACCAUAAAGAAAAGACCAGUAGUUGUGAAUGAUCAGAUUGUGAUUCGACCUAUUAUGAUUCUAGCCUUGACGUAUGACCAUAGACUUAUUGAUGGCCGUGAGGCUGUGACUUUCUUAAUGGACAUCAAACGAGCAAUAGAGGACCCCAGGGUAAUGCUCCUGGAUGUAUAAGCACAGACACAAAAAUAUAGUGCAUACAGAGUUUUAUAUCAAAUUUGUAUAAUUUUUCUUCUGUCUGAAACAACACCAUCUUUUAAUUUAGUAUACAUGUACUUAACUGGAUGGAAUUUUUGAUUGAGUGCCAUUGCAACUGUAUGUGCUAUUAUGUAUAUUACCUCAAUGCUGUUUAGAUCUGGGGGUUUCCCUUAUACAAGUUAACUCACAGAAGUAAGAUUUUCUUUAAUAAGGCAUUCACUAUGUUUGUUAUUCUGUUUGUAAAAUUAGGUGCAAUGAAUUAAAGCAUUGAGAGAAAAAAAUUCUUGAAAAGGCAUAAAUGCUGUAUUAUUUAUUCUAGUGAUUGCUUUAAAACAAAUACUGAUAUGGAAAAUAAAUUUUUCAUGAUAUA